CCGAGAUCAUCACCUCAUACCAAGGUGGGAAAAGGAAGCGCAGCUUCCGUACCGAAGAUGGCUGCGGUCUUUGCCCAAUGCCUUGCUUGUGCUUGCCCUUUACCGUUAUGCAUGUCAAAGCAAGGCCACCUGACGUGCUCUACGAUCUACACCCACCGCAUCUUACAUCAUGGCAACGGGCUCGCUGAAGUACAGAAACUCACGAAAUAAGGUACAGACAGGCGCAGAGACGAGAGGCACGGACAAGGCAUACCCUCAUGCUAUGCACCUAGGCGCGGCUCCCAUGUUGACCUGAAGUCGACUAUGCCCUUGACUCUCUCGUAUGUUGACGACCAAACCGGGCGCGUACAGUGCAGAGUGUGAGAGUCUCGGGCUGCUGAUUGCCACUGGGCGUCGGGUCACAAUAUCCAAGCCACCUACGGAGUACACAGUCGGCGUGAACGUAGUCGUUGAUGGUCUAGAAGGAAAACGGAGUGUGGCGCGCUACGGUUUGCUACGGACGACGACGCAUUGGCAUUGAUGAACAAGGUGACAGCGACAGAGAAGAACUAGAGAUG